CUCCUUUCUGACUCCUUUAGCAACAACGAGGCUUGUUCUCCGAAACGACUUCAGGGCCGCCACAGGAGAAAGACAACUUCUCACGACGACAUCGCUCUGGAGAACCGCCGUUGCUGGCGGCCGUAGGAUUUCACCGCUCAGGAGCCCGAUACGCACAUUUGCAACCAUGCCUCCGGCUAAGACCGAGGCCGCUCCUGCUGCCCCCAAUGGCGGCGGUCCCAUUCAGCUCGAGAAUACGUCCAAGCGAGACUUUCUCAAGUCGCUGGAGCAAAAAUACCAAAAGGAGUGGGCCGACGCAAAGGCCUUUGAGGUCGACAGCCCCAUGACAACGGAGCAGGGCCUCGAGGACCUGUCACCCGCCGAGAUUCGGAAAAAGUUUCCAAAGUGGCUGGGUACCUUUCCCUUUCCCUACAUGAAUGGCUCGCUCCACCUCGGCCACGCCUUUUCGCUCUCCAAGGUCGACUUCUUCGAUGGCUACCAGCGCAUGCUGGGCAAGCGCGCCGUCUUUCCCCUUGGCUUCCAUGCCACUGGCAUGCCCAUUCGAGCCUCGGCUGACAAGCUGAUCCGCGAGAUUGAGAUGUUCGGAAAGGACCUGUCGGGGUACAAGGACGAGGAGGAGGUGGAAGAUGCAAAGAUCGACACGGACGCUUCGACUUCGAGCCUCACGCAGAGCAAUGUGGCCAAGGCGACAAAGGGCAAGGUGGCGGCAAAGAACACCGGUCUCAAGUACCAGUUCCAGAUUCUCGAGAGCAUCGGCGUGCCCCGCGAGGAGAUUCACAAGUUCGCAGAGGGGCGCUACUGGCUCGAGUACUUCCCACCCAUUGCAAAGGACGACUGCAGGGCGAUGGGCGCAAGAAUCGACUGGAGGAGGACGUUUCUGACAACGGACAUCAACCCGUACUAUGACGCGUUUGUGCGCUGGCAGAUGAACAAGCUCAAGGCUCUCGACAAGAUCAAGUUUGGCGAGCGGUACACCAUCUACUCGCCAAAGGACGGCCAACCCUGCAUGGACCACGAUCGGUCCGAGGGAGAAGCUCUGGGCCCACAGGAGUACACUGCCCUCAAGAUGGAGGUAGUGCAGUGGGGUGCAGAGGCUGCACCUGAGGUCGAUGCCAAGACGCAGGGCAAGAAGGUCUUCUUCAUCGCCGCGACGCUCCGACCAGAGACGAUGUACGGCCAGACCAAUUGCUACGUGGGGCCAAAUAUCGAGUACGGCCUGUUUACAAUCAACGACAAAGACGUGUACCUGUGCACUGAGCGAGCCGCUCGCAACAUGGCCUUCCAGGGAACCACGCAGGAGCGAGGCAAGGUCGAAUGCCUUGCCAAGAUCAAGGGUAACAAGCUCAUCGGUACCAAGAUCAACGCACCCUUUGCCCACCACGGCCAGGUUUACAUCCUGCCCAUGGAGAGUGUUCUUCCGGGCAAGGGAACAGGCGUCGUCACUUCGGUGCCUUCGGACUCGCCAGACGACUACGCCAACCUGAUGGAGCUGCGCAAGAAGGCAGAGUACUACAAGAUUGACCCACAAUGGGCCGCUCUGGAAAUCAUCCCUGUCAUCAACACGCCCAAGUACGGCGACGUGACUGCAGAGACGCUCGUUAAGCAGCUCAAGAUCCAGUCACCAAAGGACGCCGUCAAGCUGGCCGAGGCAAAGGAGAUUGCGUACAAGGAGGGCUUCUAUAACGGCAAGAUGCUCGUCGGCUCUUUCAAGGGCAUGGAUGUCCAGGAGGCCAAGAACAAAGUGCGCGAUGAGAUGAUUGCAGCCGGACUGGCGUUCCCCUAUGCCGAGCCAGAGGGACGCAUCGUGAGCAGAAGUGCAGACGAGUGCGUCGUGGCUCUGUGUGAUCAGUGGUACAUGGACUACGGCGAGGAGUCUUGGAAGCAGCAGGCCAAGACGCUCGUUGCGCGGAUGAAUCUAUUCCAGGACGAGACGAGGAACAACUUCGACCAGGUUCUCGACUGGCUCCACCAGUGGGCCUGUGCAAGAAGCUACGGCCUUGGUUCCAAGCUACCCUGGGACCCGCAAUUCCUUGUCGAAUCGCUCAGUGACUCGACCAUCUACAUGUCCUACUACACCAUCGCCCACCAUCUCCAAGGCGGCCACGAGGACGGCUCGAUGAUCCCCGGUCCCAUUGGCAUUCGACCAGAGCAACUCACCGACGAGGUUUGGAACUUUAUCCUCAGCGACGGAAAGAUGCCGGAGAACACCGACAUCCCCAAGGAGAAGCUGACGUUCCUCCAGCGCGAGUUCCAGUACUUCUACCCCAUGGAUCUGCGCUCGAGCGGCAAGGACCUGAUCCCCAACCACCUGACGUUCUGCGUCUACAACCACGCCGCCCUCUUCCCCGAAGACCAGUGGCCUGUGGCUAUGCGUACGAACGGCCACCUUAUGCUGAAUGGCAAGAAGAUGUCCAAGAGCACAGGCAACGCCCUGACGAUGCGACAGGCCGUGGAAAAGUUCGGCGCCGACGCCUGCCGAAUCAGCCUGGCUGAUGCGGGUGAUGGCAUCGAAGACGCCAACUUCGAAGAGAAGAGCGCAAAUGCCAACAUUCUGCGUAUUCAUACGCUCCUCGAUUGGUGCAAGGAGCAGGUGGACAACAAGGACAACCUAAGAAAGGGGCCAAAAGACAGCUUCUGGGACCAGGCCUUCGAGAACGACAUGAACACGCUCAUCGAGUCGGUCAAGGGCUUCUACGACGAUGCGCUGUACAAGGAGGCCGUCAAGCACGGCUUCUACGAAUUCCAGACGGCGCGCGACUUUUACAGGGAGGCAACAGCCGACGUGGGCAUGCAUGUCGACCUUGUCCUCGUCUGGAUCCGAACUCAAGCCCUGCUCAUGAUGCCCAUCGCUCCGCACUUUUGCGAGCACAUAUGGCGAGGCAUCCUGGGCGAGACGACGUCGGUGCAGAAUGCGCGCUUCCCACAGGUCACCAAGCCCGUUGACAAACACAUGGCCGACGCCGCAAGCUACAUCCGUGGCCUCAUCAAGUCGAUCCGUGACGCCGAAAUUGCGAUUGUCAAACGCAAGGCAAAGGGAAAGACGGCGACCCUCAAGCCGUACGAUGAGAAGAAGCCCAAGGGUGUCAAGAUCUACGUGGCAAAGAGCUUCCCCGCGUGGCAGGAUGCGGCGGUGAAGGUGUGCAAGGACAACUUUGACGAAAAGGCAGGCAAGAUCGACGAGGUCAAGAUGAGGGAGGGCCUGACUUCGGAAGGCCUGAUUAAGGACAAGCGCGUCAUGCCCUUUGUCGUUUCCCUCAAAAAACGAAUCGAAGAGUUCGGCCCAGAGGUGGCGUUCAAUCGCCUGCUGCCGUUCGAUGAAACCGAAACAAUCCGAGCGGGAUCGGCCUACCUGAAGCGCACCAUGCGCCUCGACGAGCUCGUUCUUCUGUCUGCCGAAGAGGCCAUGACGAAGGAGGGUGCUCAGGACUCUGAGGACAAGAAGCUCGUCGAAAACGCCCAACCAGGUUCCCCUGCCUUUGUCUGCUAUAACCUCUGAUGUUUCUACUGUACCCUAGACGACAUACAAAGUGUUUUGCUGUUGCGGGACAUCACAUGAAAUUCCGAUGAGCUUCAUGCGCACUUCGACCUCGGUAGGCUCGGUCAUCUUCCC